UCCAUGAACUCAUAGUAAGAACGAAUUCUUUCUGAUAAGAGGAAGUCAGAUCGCGAGGUAGUGGAUGUAUUUCGUUAAUUUUAAUUUUAUUCUUCAUCAAAUUCAAUUUCCUAAAUCCUCGCCACGAGGUUUGACAGUGUUCCGAACAAUUUAAUGAUUCUCCUCGUAAAUGCCGUGAAUUGUUCUCAAUGAUGUUGAAAUUUUAUUGUGGUUUCUUCCAAGCAUUUUGAAGUCAAAGCUUUUAGUGUGUUGAACCCAGAAGUUUUCAUACCGUCGUCAGCAUCAUGGUUCUUCAGUGUAGGAGUUAUUCAAGACUUUAUACUCGUUGCGAAAGUAAGGUGAAGUAUACGCCCUUAGCAAAGCAUCCAUUGAAACUGGCAAAUCGAGUCGGGUCUGGAGGAAAAGGACCGAGUCAAGCUUACUGUUUGCAGGAAAUGUUCAACAUGUUCAGCUGUCUGAAGAAAAACGAGUUCAGCCAAAGUCCUUGUAGUAAUGAGAUCACUACUUUUCAAACGUGUGCGGAGCAACACAAAGCAGAAUUAAAGAAGCUCAAAGAAGAUGAACGUGCUGGUAUUUUGACCCCAGGGACCACCAAACUAUCAGCAAAUCAAGUGAAUUUACUUUUGAAAAGAUUUCCCAACUAAUUGUAUUGUCUAAAAAAGGGGAAAAUGUUCUGUAAAUAUAAUAGUUGUUUUUUAAUUCUUAAGUUAAGUUCAAGUCUAAUACAGUCAUUGAAUAGAGCUGUA